UUUUUUUGGAUACUGUUGAGGUGAAAGUACAUUACAAACCUGGAUAACAGCCCGUAUAGUAUAGUUACCCGUUUUCCAUUAUCUUGUGUUUCUUUCUUCCUUUCUACCUUCAUUUCGAAUAACGCUACCACCCAGCCGGUUAUGUUUCUGGACUUGAAUGAGCAUGCUUAGUGAAGCAAAUGGGUAUGAUUCUAUAAGCACCUCCAGUGAAUUCUCGAGUCUAUCCAUAAGCUGCUCUCAAAUCCAGCACAUUUGUAGCAAGAAUGCAGAAUAAUUCUGUAAGAAAAUAUCUCGUAGGCCAGCCAGGCUUGUUUUCUGAUGAGAACAAGACUUUAAAUGCAGAGACACAUUCAACAAGGGAUAGAUAUGGAUCAUAUGCAUAUGGCUUGCCAACUAUUGCAUAUAAUGAAGCUCAAGGGAAUAAUGUGAUACAGUCCUACAUUCCAGAUGACUCAAUUGACGCCAAAGUCAGUCAGCAGAACCAAUUCAACCAAGAAACAGACGAGGCUCAUGAGGAAGACAUGGAAAUUGGAUAUGACGACAGGCCACCAACACCAACUUACGAGGGUCUUGAACAAAGAUUUAUUGAUGAAAUCAUGAAAUUAGUUGGGGAGCGGAGUGAUAAAGAAGAUGCAGAAUUUGCUAGGCACAAUGAGAGAAUAGCUGAGAUAAACGAAGAGUUCCAGGAGAAGUUAUCUUCCCUAAGAGCUCUUCAAGAAACUCGGAGAGAAGAAUUUCUUCGCAAGGAAUUGCAGGCAAGAUCGAAUCAGUAUCAGGAUGGUAAAAGGAAUCACUUCCCCACCAUGAAGGUUGCAGAUGCAAAUGGCUAUUUAUGUCCUUCAACAACAUUCAUUGCUGGAGAAGCAGCUAGUAGUAGUAAGUUUCACGCUGCUCCUGAGUAUGAUAAAUAUGUUGUAGAACCAACCGAGCACUUGACAACAACUUCAAAUGGGGUAAAAACUAGUCAAAGAAAUGAGACAAGGGUUCCAUUGCCCCCUGGUCGUGUUUACCAAAACAGUUCUGUACAUAACUAGAUUAAUAAUGAUUUUUUUUUUCUCUUAUACGAUUUCGAAGAAGAUUAUGCAAUUAUUUUUAACUCGCGUUUGUGAUCAA